AUGCCGCAAAAAGUAUAUCAUAUUGUGGUGACUGGGGCCGGCGGAGAGCCAGAAGGGAAUCCAUCUCCAGCCGUCCGAGACUCUCUGCCGGCAGAGAUAUCUUUAGACAGUGGUGUUGUGGUGAAGAUCUUGAAGUACCCACGCGAGAGAACAUGUUCCUUCCGCGAGAUGCGAGAGACCACCAAGGAGAUCUGGUCCAGUGAUCCUUCCGUCUUUGGAGAACCUCCUCUGUCCCCUGCAAGCCAGUUCCACAUUGACCUCAUGCUUCAUAUUGGCAAGUGUACACAGAAGAAGCCCGGGUAUUGGAUCGAGAGCAUUGCGAGGCGAGACAUCUACAAAGGUGUGGAUGACGAAAACCAGACGUUUCCGCCAGGACAGCUGGGUCCCGGAGGUCUAUGGGAGGGCCUACCCGAGACGUUGAGUCCGUGUUUCGAUGUCGACAAAGCUGCCGAAAUAGUCGCAAGGGAGCAUCCGGACGUGGUUUCUGGAAGGUCUGACGAUGCCGGGGCGUCUUUCUGCGAGCUCGAGUUGUUCUCUUCUCUUGCUGUCUGCUACGAUAGGAGGGAGUCUCGCAGAGCAGAGUUCUUCCAUAUCCCGCCAGACCAGUCACCGCCAGAGAUUCAGAUGCAUGCCGCCGUUACAUUGACCCUCAUUGAAGCCCUGGUCACUCAACUACAGGAAAUGGAGGUGAUACGUGGCGGUCGGGAAGGCCAAUUCUAA